GGCGGAGCCGGCGACCAGAUGCAGCGGAGGAGCGACGCCACCCCUGCCACCGCUGCCGUAGUCGUCGACACAGCCCAUCGCGGUGCUGGGCCAGAUCGCGGAGAUGUUUCCAGUGUGGAGCGAUGGGGCAUGUUCGGGAUGCCUGCAGCAGCGGACGACUGGAUCUGGUGGCUGAGGACGAGUUCGACGAGCCAUCGGACCUGCCCGCUCACGAGGACGGUGAGGUGUAUCAGCUGUUCUACGAAUCAGCUGGUACAGGGCGUGAUAGUCGUCGGCCCCCUUUGUACGUAGACGUAAAACUCAACGGCCGCCCGAUCAGAACUGAACUGGACACUGGGGCGGCAGUAUCUGUGUGUUCCGAGGCCGAGUUUUUAAAGCUCUGGCCAAAGGGGGGUCCAGUGCUGAAACCCAGUGCGCUCAAACUGCAGACGUAUGGUGGUGAUGCCCUGUCUGUGUUGGGUGAGGUGUUGGUGUGUGUGCAGUAUGGCUCUGUCUCUGUAAACCUGCCGCUGGUGAUUGUGAAGGGUAACGGACCUUGCCUAUUCGGCCGUGACUGGCUGUCACAUUUUCGCCUGGACUGGGCGGCCAUUUGUCGGGUGUCGGGUGUGACUGCCGAUCCUCAGUUGCACCCUCUACUGAAGGAGUUCCCCAAGGUGUUUGACGAUCAGCUGGGCUGCUUCACGGGCGAGCCGGUGUCGAUCGUGGUGGAUCCCGACGCCACGCCGCGGUUCUUCAAGGCCAGCCCGGUGCCGCUGGCGUACCGCCAGCGAGUCGACGAGGAGCUGGAGCGCCAAAUACGCCUGGGGCUGUUGGAGGAAGUCCGCGACAUACCGUACUACGCCGCACACGACCACUCAGAAGUCGCCGGCGGAAUUGUUUUUGAACCGGCCGCUUCGUACCCAUUUUGAUGGACUACGGCCGGAUCUCUCUUUCGAGAUGCAAAGUCGACAACGGUCCCAAAAACUAUAUCGAGAUAGAGGUUCCCGAUCCCGACAUGUGAAUGUUGGGGACGCAGUGUGGGUGACGGCAGUAACCAGGUUACAGGGGACGGGCGGCGUUUCCUGGUUACCGGGUGUUGUGUUAGAGGUGACAAGUGUGAAGGUGACGGUUUUGUUAGACUGCGGUAGAGUGGUGCAGCGGCAUCUCGACCAUGUUCGCCGUGAUUGUUCGGGUGUGCGCCGGCGGCCGGGUGCGGAUGAGGUGUCGCUGGCUGAUCCUCUACCGGUGGUCGCUCCGGCCGCGGCGGCGGCUCCGGUGGAGUCCGAGCGGCCAGCCGGCGGGCCGGGUCAUUCUUACAACUUGAGGCCACGGCCUACUCAGGGGCCGCAGCGGCUGUGAGAAGGAUGUUUCAGUGCGCUCUGUUUUUGUUAUGCAAAUGCUUGUUUGGUUUGGUUCGUUCCGGAGGUACCCCUAGUCCGGAACGGAGGGGGAAGUGUUAUAGGGGAAGCUCCCUUCGUAUGGCAGCCGUUGUACCGCUGCCAUAUCUGUGCCCGCUCCGUUGGUCAAGGCCGCCAAUAAACAGUUCGUGCCCAGAGCCCGUCUCUGAUCUAUUACAA